UAAACCAUUCAAAUUAUUGUUAUGGGCAACAUUGUCACGGCUCAUUUCACUCCGUCACUAGCAUAGCAGCAAAGAAGUUGAUCCGGUGCAUUACGGUGGGGAUACUGGAAGCGCUCGCUUAAAGCUCGAAGUCCGCCGCCGUGUCCGGCCACCGCAGCGGCUCCAGAAGGAAUUACACAUUGCAUUUCAAAAUCUGGGGGCUUUUCUUCUCAAGUCCGCCUGUUUUCUUUUGAUGGAAUCCUUCCUUCCGUCGAAACUCGCAGUGAAACCUACGCUCAUUUCCCCAACCGUCUUCCAACCGCACCGCUUCACUGCCUCCUCUUCAGCCGUUGCGUUCAGGGUCUUCUCAGCCUCUACUUCCACAGUCGUUGCCGCGCCUCCAACUCUAGAGCGGCCAGCCGUGACGUUUGAGCCUCAGGAUUUUGUCAAAAACGGCGGACGAGGUAGGGGGAGGGGCGGCAAGGAAAUUCAGAAAGCUGAGCUGAAGGAGAAGUGGCUGAAUGCUCUCUCUUGCCCUUUUCCUCACGCGAAGCCGUCGCCUGACUGGGUAAUUGGAGUCGACCCGGAUGUUUCUGGAGCCUUCGCCCUACUAAAACCAGACCAGUCUGCUCAACUUUCUUAUCCAUUACAGGUCUUUGAUUCUCCUUACUUGAAAGUAAUGGUUGGGAAAGGAGUACGGAGGCGUUUAGAUGCAAAAUCCAUCGUUCAGUUGCUUCAAAGUUUUGAAGUUCCCGUUGGAACAAUUGCAUAUGUUGAGCAAUCAAUUCCAUUCCCACAAGAUGGUAAACAGGGCUGGUGGAGUGGAGGAUUUGGGUAUGGAUUAUGGAUAGGAAUCUUAGUCACUUUGGGAUUUUCUGUUGUUCCAGUACCAUCAUUGUUGUGGAAAAACAAGUUUAAACUAGCAGGAAGUCGCUCAAAUAAGGAUGAUAGUAGGGAGGUUGCAUCCAGAUUGUUUCCAUCUAUGAGUUCACAGUUAAAACGGAAGAAAGAUCAUGGUCGAGCUGAGGCUCUACUUAUUGCUGCUUAUGGCAAAGACCUAAAGAUAAGUAACGAUAUGUGUGUUUCUGAGAACUUGCCAUCUUGAAAUGCUGGGGGGAAGGAAUGCAUGUUUGUUUAUUUCUCUUUCGAUUCCAGUGCUUUGUUGCUGCUGGGUAUUCAUUUGGUAUUUAUAUAUGUCCCAGAAGCAUGGAAAGGUAAUGAAUAAGGCAGUUUGGAUCAACCAAGUCUCACUAAACACUCCAGGAUCCUUGAUGUAACCCUUUGUAGUUCCAAUAUGAGAAUGUAAAUUCAUAGGAGGAUUUAGAGAAAUUGUUAAGCUAUUUCGUAAAGUAGGAAAACGGGUAGCUCAGUUGGUGACCGCUUAUAGACGAGGAAAAGCCAAAUUUAUUGGGGCCAUCAAACCCAUGAUUAGCUUGUAUUAAUGUAUUAUAUUAUGUAUUCAUAAUAUAUUACUGUGUUGGAAAUUG